AUGGCCACCUCAACCAACCCCCGCCCCACCAUCACGCUCACCAAACGCGAAGAGCAGCUCAAAACGCUCCUCCUCGCCGCCGCGCAAACCAUGACCACCACCACCACCCCAUCCUCCGACCGUGCGGAGCCCCUCGUGCUGCGCUGGGCCGGCGGCUGGGUGCGGGACAAGCUGCUGGGCAUCCCGUCGCACGACAUCGACACGGCGCUCAGCGCCAUGACGGGCGAGGAGUUCGUGGACCGGCUGCGCGACUACUGCGACGAGCCGGCGCACCGCGAGCGCCACGCGCUGCUGCCCGACGACGUCGGCCGCCUGCACACGGUGCCGCGCAACCCGGACAAGUCCAAGCAUCUGGCCACAAGCACAAUUAAACUGUGCGGGCUGGAUGUGGAUUUUGUGAAUCUGCGGAGGGAGACGUAUACCGAGUCGAGUCGGAAUCCGGUGGUCGAGUUUGGGACGGCCGAGGAGGACGCGCUGAGGAGGGAUGCGAGUGUGAAUGCGCUGUUUUAUAAUUUGGGGACCGGCAUGGUGGAGGACUUUGUGGGUGGGUUGGCGGAUUUGGAGGCCGGGUUGAUUCGCACGCCGCUGGAGCCGUUGCAGACGUUUUUGGAUGAUCCGCUAAGGGUGUUGAGGCUGGUGAGGUUUGCGAGUCGGUUGGGGUUCAAAAUUGACCCGGCUGCGGAGCAGGUCAUGGGCGAUGAGAGGGUGUUGGGGAACUUGAAGGUUAAGAUCUCGAGGGAGCGGAUCGGCGUCGAGCUGGAGAAGAUGAUGAAGGGCAAGAAGCCCGUCGAGUCGCUUCGGCUGAUCGACAGGCUUGGUCUCUACCACGCUGUGUUCACGGACCCUGAGCGGGCGGGUAUGCCGAAGCCGGAUACGACGACUUGGAAAACCGCCUACGAGUGCUUGGAGCAGCUCGAGGCAAACAAGACGCCCGGCUCUAUCUACGACCUGCUCGUCACGAGCGAGGAAGCGCGGUACUAUGCCUGGUCACUGGCGACCCUCACCCCCUGGGAGCCGCUGCCGGACGACCCGCCCCUGAAGUCGGGGAAGCCUGCGCUACCGCUCCCGACGCAAGCCGCCAGGGAGGGCUUCAAGGCGCCCAACAAGCUGUCCGACGUCGUCACGGCCGCACACCGCCACCGCCGGGCCAUCUUGGCGCUCAGGGAUAUAGUUCGGGAAAAACGGGAAGGUCUAGACCAGCGGGACCGGUUCGGCAUGGCUAUCAGAGACUGGGAUGCCCGCGGUGGUAAUUGGCGGCUACAGGUCCUCUACGCCAUCUUGGCUGAUGUGGCUGAACGUGUUACAGUCGUAGAUGAAGGGGGGAGCUAUGCUUGGGAUGAUGUGCUGGCUGAAUGGCAGCGGUUCCUCGACCACCUUGUGGAACUGGACGUAAUGAAUGCUCCUACCAUCAAGCGUCUCGUGGACGGAAAGAUGUUAGCCAAGGCGUUAGGAGUCAAUCCUGGGAAGUGGACGGGUCCGGCGCUCGACGUUGCGCUGGCCUGGCAAUUGCGGAACCCGGAAGUGGAAGACCCAGCUGGGGGUAUCGAGGAGGUGAGGAAAAGGAGAGAGGAGUUGGGAAUCCCCUAA